ACUGUGGGUGACGUCAGGGGGUCCAAGAGAAGAAGCUUCGGAGGCAGCGAGCGGAGCAGGAGCAGCAAUUGGGGAGCGGGAGGGCGCAGGAAGCGGAGGGGGGGCCCGGCGGCUGAGGCAACAGCAGCAGCGAGAGGAGAGCAGAGCGGAGCAGAGGAGGGGGGAGAAGCCCGCGGGGCAGGAAGAGCCGGCUCGGGAAGGGAGGGGCCGCAGCAGCCAGGGGGAGGCCUCCGCGCAGGCGCAGAGCGAGGCUCGGACCCCCCCUCCCCCCCAGCGCCAAAAGGGGUCCUGACAGGACAAGGGGAGCAGCGCGAGACUCCGCCCGGGGGGGCACCAUGUCCUCCCCCAGCCCGGGCAAGAGGCGGAUGGACACCGACGUGGUCAAGCUUAUCGAGAGCAAACAUGAAGUCACAAUACUUGGCGGACUCAACGAAUUUGUAGUGAAGUUCUAUGGACCACAAGGAACACCGUACGAAGGUGGAGUGUGGAAAGUUAGAGUGGACCUUCCUGACAAAUACCCCUUCAAAUCGCCAUCUAUAGGAUUCAUGAAUAAAAUUUUCCAUCCUAACAUCGAUGAAGCGUCAGGAACGGUAUGUCUAGAUGUAAUUAACCAGACUUGGACAGCCCUCUAUGAUCUCACCAAUAUAUUUGAGUCGUUCCUGCCCCAGUUGUUGGCCUAUCCCAACCCCAUAGACCCCCUUAAUGGUGACGCGGCAGCCAUGUACCUUCACCGACCAGAAGAAUACAAACAGAAAAUUAAAGAAUACAUUCAGAAAUAUGCAACAGAGGAAGCACUCAAAGAGCAGGAAGAAGGAACCGGGGACAGCUCUUCGGAGAGUUCCAUGUCUGACUUUUCAGAAGAUGAGGCCCAGGAUAUGGAAUUGUAGUAAACGAGGUGCCCUGCUUUUCAGAGAGACUCUUGACUUCCUUUAACCGUGCGCUGAGAAGCAGACAAUAAUAUUCAUAUUUAAACAAAAGCAAUUUUUUAUUACUAAACAAGGUUUUUAUGAAUAAUAGCAUUGAGAUAUAUAUAUACAUAUAUAUAUAUCACCCUUUAGAUCUUGA